AUGAACUGGUUGUCUGAGCCCACGUCUCUGCUUUCCCCCCACCCCCGUCUCGACGAUGCUUUGCAGACGAGGCAAGCUGAGGCAGGCAUGACUGCAGGCCAAAACGCCAUAAAGGCAUGCAACCGUGAGGAAGACGCUCCGCCUGAUUCAAUCUGGCUUGCCGAAACGACCGGCCUAUGGUCUGACCACUGCGGUUGUAAGACACGUUGCCUUGGCAACCGGACAGUUUGCUGCCCCCUUCUCAUCAGAUGGCUUGAGUCCGAAUCGGCUUUCGAGGUAGGGAGGCUCGGAAGAACUGUGAAAUCGCAUAUUGUCGAGGGUGAAGUGAAGCAAUUGUGGGAUUGCAUCACAUACUCUCGCCUCACUAGGACUCUGGAAUUCGUCUCAUCGUCCAAUCAGAACUGCAAGCGGGACUCGAACCACGGAGGCACACGCCCCAAUCUGGCCACACUUUAUGGGGAGGCUAGUACGCCUCAGCAGGACUCGAGCAUGAUGGAGGACUACUUGGCACUAAUUGAGGAGUAUGCCGAGUUUAGCGAAAAAUGCAUGGCUGUCUAUGGAUACAAAACCAAGUACAAGCAGCAAAUGAGCAUGAUGGGCUGCUCAAAUGUGUGUUUCCUGAUGGUUGCAUGUUUAUGGUUUGAGUCCCGCGGUAGCUGCUGA